AUGACAACGACCCCGUCAUCCCGCUGGCACUUUCUCCUGAUUGGCAACCGCCAUGCACUGCCAACAGACGCCGCAGCCGGCACGCCAGACGUCCACACGGCGCCUGCUGACGUCCGCGCACUCUCGAGCGUUCUCACUGCGUACGCUGCCACAGUCAAUCCGAGCAAGCCCGCCGCACAGCCAGCUGCUGCUCCUGAAACUGCUGCUGCUACUCCCAGUACUACUGCUACUUCUACUACUACUACUACUGCUGCUGCUGCUGCUGCUGCUGCUUCAGUGUCGAGUGCCCAGGCGUCGUCGCCGUCCGUCACGGUGCUCGUCGACGCAGACAAGGCGGCAAUGCAAGCUGCGAUCUCGACGUUGGUCGCAACCGUCAAGCGCUGUCCCGGUCCCGUCCUGGUCUACUACACUGGCCACUCGCUCAAUCUCAAGGGCGAAAACUACCUCAUCCCAACGGGAGCCAAAGUGACCACUGGCGCCAAACGCGCGGUGGGCGACGCGGUCUCGCUCAAGUCCAUCCUCGCCGCACUCAAGGACUGCCCAAGCCCGUUCAAUGCUGCUGGCACCAAGAACGCCAACAACAAAAAGAAGGGUGACAAAGCCGAUGCUGCUGCUGCUGCCACUCCUGCUCCUGCUGCUACUACUCCUGCCGCAUCGGAAACUUUGGCUCCAGGGUUGGCAGAAGUCCCCGCCCGCAGUCGUUUCUUGGUCGUCUCUUCUGCAAAGCCCAAUCAGACGACAGCAGCAGAGCGCGAACGCCAAAAAACCUCCUUCUUGGCAUCAGCGCUGCUGGAAGAAAUGUCCUCGCCAGCUUUUGACGAGAAGGACGGUAGUAAGCGCCUGCUGCCGCUGCUCUGCCGCGCGAGCGAUCGUGUCGCGACAUUGAGCGCCCAGUCGCAAGACUUGUGGCUCUCGCACAGCAUGGCCGAAGACGUCGUGUUUGCACCGCAAUCCACCACAGCCACAACAACAUGCUUCCGCGCAUUUCCGGGCGAUGAUGCGUUGGUGGCAGCAGACUACGGCCAAAUGCGUGACGAUGCCGCGCAUGCUGCUGCGCAAAACCACCCGCACGCCCACUUUUUGCUUGGUCUGCACCACGACCUCGUGGGCAGCGACGAGGAUGACGCUGCUGUGCAGCGAUACAAGCGGAGCGUUGCGCGCGGCCAUGGCCCUGCGCUGUUUACGUUGGCUCUGCUUGUCGACAGCGGCUAUGCGCGUGACGUGGGCUCCUCGCCUGGUCAACUGAUGCAGCAGGCGCGCACCAGUCGCUUCAUUGAUUGGUGUCAGCACGUCGCCAAGCGCGGUGCGCCCAUUGGCGAGUAUCUUGUGGCAAAGGCACUCGAUGAGUAUCCGACCUACCUCGAACCCGAGUCCAUCCGUUCGUCUGGACAGUCCGUCGGCAUUCCCAUUCCAGUAUGGCCCGUUUUUGAGGAACAAAGCAAGACACCUCACGGCCACCACGGCGGCGGGGACGACCACGUACAUGGUGCGCAUUGCAACCAUGGUCAUGGUCACACUGGGCGCCCGAUUUCCGACGACGAACGAGAUGCUGCCCAGGCAGUUGCAGCCAAGUACUACGAGCGUUCGGCCACCCAAGGCUUGUCGCAUGCGCAGUCCGUCUUUGGCUGGCUGCUCUAUCACAACCUUCAGGACGAAGCUGGCGCGAAGCACUUUUGGACGAAAGCUGCAGAACAAAACGACAUCCAUGCCACUGUCAAUCUUGGCAACCUCCUUCGCCAGCAAGCAAACAAGGAGCGCCGUAUUCAUAUGGGUCGUGGCCAUUCUCACCACGGGGAUGACGGCGGUCAUGGCCACUCGCAUGGUGGCCACGGAGGGCACGGUCAUUCUCACGGCGGUUAUGAUGAAGAUGAUGACGGUCAUGGCCAUUCCCAUGGUGGCCACGGUGGGCACGGUCAUUCUCAUGGUGGCCAUGAUGAGGAUGAAGCGGGUCAUGGUCACUCGCACGAGAGCGGACACGGACAUUCUCACGGCGGCGAGAGUGGCCACGGCCAUUCUCACGGCGCCCAUGAUGAAGACGAAGAACCCGAUUGCUCGCAUGGCCAUGGCCACUCGCACGGCGAUGACAACGAAGGCCAUGGACACUCGCAUGGAUCUGGCCAUGGACAUUCGCACGGUCAAGAAGAAGACGAUGAAGGCGAACAUGAACACGUCGAUCCGCACGAGUUGGAGGGCGCCGCGUUUGUUCUCUUCCAGCGCGCUGCUUCUCGCGGCAAUCCUGCCGCCAUGGCGGCCUUGGGCGACAUGUAUGCCAGCGGCGCUGGCUGCAUUCCCGACCGUGACCUGGCCUUCACGUGGACCAAACGUGCAGCCGAAAAGGACCAUGGUCAUGCGCAAUACCUGACUGGAAUGGCCUACCUCGAAGGCGAGGCUGAAGGGCGUUCGGCCACCAUCAACCAGCGCGAGAGUGUCAAGUGGCUCCGUAAGGCUGCCAUGCGCGGCCAUGCGAGCGCACAGUUCAGCCUGAGUGUUGCUCUGGGUGCCAAGCCACAGGACGCGGAAGAAGCAAAGCACUGGCUCGUCCGCGCUGCAGAAGGCGGUCACCCCAACGCGCAAGUUCGAUUGGCGAUUGCCUACGCCCGCGGUGAUGGACACUUUGCGCAAGACCUUCCCCGAGCGGCCGAGCUGUUCAAAAAAGCCGGCGCGUCUGGCUCUGUGGACGCCAUCGUUGGCUACGGCGACGUGCUGCAGCUGGAGGGCGAGCGGCUCGAGGAGGCUGGCGAUGCUGCUGGAGCUCACGCCAAAUUCGCCGCGGCCGUCUCCUCGUGGCUCACCGCCGCCAAGCGACACCAUCCUCAAGCCAUCGAUCGCGUGGCGGAGGCGUACCGUGUGGGCCAGGGCGUUGUUGCCAACCCUGACGUUGCCGACCAGCUCGAGCACGAGGCAAAGGAGCUGUGGAUGCAGCGAGGCAACGAAACAGCUGCCAUCGACUUGGCUGGGCGCGCAUUGGUUGAGCGAACACUCCAUCCCGAUCUGCCCCGCUGGCUCAAGCUGCACAUGCAGCGCUCGCACAACCUGGACAACCGCGCGAACGCUGCUCUGCGGCUCGGCCAGCUGUCCGCUGCUGGCCUGUUUGGCAGCAGCGACGCUGCAGUGCUUUACUUUGCGCAGGCAGCCGAUGGCGGCAGCAGUCUUGGCAUGCUUGAGGCUGGUAAGCUGCUUGUCACGUCGGCCAAUGUCGAUCAGCGCGAGCGGGGCAUCAAGUAUCUUCGCUCCGCUGGGCAGAAGGGAUUGACCGAGGCGACUGAAUUGCUCAAAACCCUUGCGUCUAACUAG